AUGAGCUCUUGGAUUAUAGUGCUCUCAGCGUUUUUCGUUGGCCUUGGUGCUAUUCAGAUACGAAAUACCUCAAUGACUGGCAAUCAAGAUAGAGAUGAGGAGGACGAGGGGCACUGGGUAAAGAAAGAUCUGACAAUAGCCUGGAUUGCAAAGCCUCCAUACACGCCAUCAGCUGCCAAUGGAUCACAAGACGACGAGGGUCAUGUUCUGAUCAGGAACGUGCUAUAUCCGCACAUAUUGUUAGAAUGCGGAACCUUGAAAGGCGUUCGCUACCAGUUUAAAACAUUUCGAGCUGACAGUGAAUUUCACAUGCUUGAGCUCCUAAGGCAAAACAAAGUCCACGUCGCUGCUCCUAUAUUCGAACCCACAAACCGACGGUACAGAGAAUUUUCCUUUUUCAAAAUCACUGAUUAUCCUGGGAGCGAAUACAUCACCAGUGAAAAUGAAGCCAAUAAGCUCAGCCUUGUCUUGGACGCAGUGCUGGAGUCUUGGUCAUUGUUUGCGGUGACUCUGAUACUCACAGCCAUUGCUGGAGUCAUUAUGUGGGCGCUGGUAUGCGUAACUUUGUUUACUUAGAUUAGUAUAGGUACCGUAGAAUUCCGAAAGAAACGCCCCUCCUUCCCCGAAACCAAUGGCCCACCCGAAAGUAGCGCGGCCCUUCGAAGAAGGAAGAAACCCUCUGAUCUCCGUCAAGCGUAAUGGAAGCGAUGGAACAGCCUGGCUGCAGGACGAAACAACUUGAAAAGUUAAUGUGAUUUUAUUUUGAACUAAACUGAAUUUUUCUUGUUAGUUAGUAACAUAAAUAAACGGAAUUUUUAAUUUCAUUUAUACGCGUCCGCCUUGUCCAAAAGGACUGUGAAUAACCGUACAGACGUUUUUUAAACCAUUUGAG